AUGGGGAUCAUUAUUGGUACUUGUGUUCCUGAUGCAGAGCCAGACGCCGCCGCAUAUGGUGCUCAGAUGCGAAGACCACCACGACGGAUACUAUAUGGUAUUAAAUGUCCGGUGUGCAGUAAGUUCGUGCUGCCGGACGACAUCGAGUGCCAUCUGGUCAUGUGCCUCACCAGGCCCCGACUCUCCUACAACGAGGAUGUGCUGAGCGACUCGAAGGGCGAGUGCGUGAUCUGCCUAGAGGAGCUCUCCGCCGGCGACACCAUCGCGCGCCUGCCCUGUCUCUGCAUCUACCACAAGGGGUGUAUAGACCAGUGGUUCGAGGUGAACAGAUCGUGCCCCGAGCACCCCGGCGACUAG